AUCAGUACCCUGUGUUACCUGAACUGUCUUUUUUUCUGGGGCUAUCAUUGAGCAGGUGAGUUUUGGCAAUAUAUUUCUAUAAUCAAGUGAUUUAUGUCAUUUGGUUUGUCGAAUCACACUGUCUUGUGUUAUAUUUCACAUACAAAUGUAGGAAACGCCUUUGCGUAUUUCAAGCAUGUCCAGUCAGAAAUAGUUGUCUUAAGCCAAGUUGAUCAGCGCUCUUUUCGUCUAUCAUGGUGUUCUUUCUUCACUUCUUCAGAUUAUGUUAUGCAUGUCUCAGCAUGAUUUUGAUGCGAAAAGAUCGAUACGAUAAUUUUAACUUAGCUUAAGGGAGAUUCAAAUCUCAAAUUUGCACUGAUUACAAAUUAUAUAACUCCAUUACGUAGGAGUUAGCACAUUUGGUUAGCACGUAUAACAGACAAAAAGUUACACAUGACUUUGCAUUCGUUGAAAAAAACAGAUAAUUGGAUACUUUUCUUCUAAAAUGCUGUAAUAAUGGUAAAAGACAAACGCGACUUCUGAAAAGUUGCUGGCGAACUUCCCGUGAGGAGAAGCUGGGAUUUUUAAUUUAUACAUAAAUACCCGAACUGAAAUGAAAGCAAACGAUUAUUUCAUUGGACAUGCAGCCAUCGCUUCUCCACUUUUUUUCCAACGCCUGAGCGGUGAAUUCUGUAAGAGAUAAAGCCCGAGAACGGAUGUAUAUGGAUUAAUACCGACGUUCGAGGGGUUUAUCUAACUUAUUUCAUGAUAUUAUUCAUGAGGUAUAGGUUACAUAAAGGUCGUCUUUCACAGGGAAGUAAUUGGCCACUUGUUUUUGACAUCUGUUUGUUUGUCAUUUUUUGAUCCGACCGCAGACAAUGACGUAUUUCAUUGUAAGUAUUGUAAAGGUUUUCACACAGCAUCGAGAAAGGGCGUUUCACGGGUCAUAAUUUGUUCAAACCACUUUUUCUCACUUAGGUGAGAAACGGAGAACAAUAGCGCAUUGUUUGUUUGCUAAGCCGACAACAAUCAAAUUUCAAACCUUUUGUGUUUUUUUAUUUUUGUCUUGGUAUUUUUUGGGGGCCAGUACACUUGCGAGAGCGGCAAUGGAUAGUGACGACGAAAUUUUCCUAACGCAAAAUACUUUCUCUCAGGAGCCUUUUUCCCCUGAGUUGAAUUUGGAAGAGUUGGUGGGAGACUUUAGAGAAGUAAGCGAACGAGAUAGUGUUGAAGUCGAAAAGAAGGAAAAUCCUGGGCGUAAUAUCGUUGUUGUUUGUGAUAACGAAGUCGAGAAGAGAAGAGAGUCCAGAAUACCGGCAAACACGAAAGUUAAUACUUCAUGGGCGGUACGUUGCUGGGAGGAAUGGGCCGUCGAACGCAAUGUAAAAGUUAAAAAGAAUAGCAGCAAAGAGAAAUACUACGAAGUCAAUCCUGACAUUAAGAAAGUCGCUAAUGAGCAGCUUGACUACUGGCUUGGGAAGUUUGUUUUGGAAAUUCGGAAGAAGAAAGAACCUGGAAGCGUGUAAGUGACGACGAAAUUUUCCAAAGACUUAAAAUUUUCUUAGAGUGAACACAUAGCCUGCAUGAUAUAUGGGAUACUACUGUAUUUUCUAUAGUUGCAGAAUAAAUUUCUAUAUUUGUGUUAAAGGGAGAAAUUUUCUCAGAAUGUUUGGCGGGGUCAAAGGACGUGUAUGAUUUGCUUUAAUUGCUCAUUAUAAAUGGAAGGGAUUUAUUUGUAUAUUGCCCAGGGCAGCAGGGCAAUAUACAGAUAAAUACCGGGUAUAUAUAUAGAUAUUGCCCUUGCAUAUAUAAUUAGCAAUUUAUUCAAUUCAUCAGCCCCGCUCUUCCCUGCUACAUUAUCAAGCCCUCCCCGGACUUUCAGUUGGUUAAAUAUUCAUGAAGUAUGUAAGUUAAAUAAAGGAUGUUGAAUAACAAAAGAAAAUGUGUGAUUCAUGAAAUAAGGGACUCAUAACGUGUUUGACCAGUCCUCCAUGAUUACCAAUAAAUCUUAUUUAAAUAAUGUGUAAUUUCUAUUUUCUUAAAUUUGUCUCUUGUUCCUGGCAAAAUGCAAUAUUGACGUAUUAACAUAGACCGUAAUUAUAAGAAUGCUGAUACAAGAAAAUUGCGAAACAGACGAUUUACGAUUUACGUUGAAAUCAACUUUCAAAACUAUAUUCUUAAAGACUUCACAAACAACACUCUUGUAUGCUUUAAAAUGACUGUCUUGUGCUCUGACCUGAAACGGAGAUUUCGUUAAAAAUCACUGAACCCAACCAAUUCUUAUUUUCUUAUCAGUGUGGCGGUAUUUUGCGGUUUAAUGAGUAGUAAUCACUCCUGCAGCCCGUGUAAUGGAAAAUAACAUGACAUACCGUGUACACUGUCGCUAAUAAGCCGGCUGGGCUUAUACAUCUUUGUAUGGGGUUUUAGGAGAGUCAAUAAACGGAGAGGCUUAUAUCCGAGGGAGCUUACAAACCGGCAGAUCGAAACAAGAUACAGCAGAGCUUAGGCAAAUACGCUUUGC